AGCAGAUAUUGAUAUUCCAUGUUGCAACAAUGGAGGGCAGGGCCUCUAAAUUUGGGUCAAUUAUCUUUGAAAUGGUACAGAGCGCAUGGCAUACAUGAUCAACGGCCAAGUCGCACUCAACUGUUUUCCGGCCGAGGCCCGAAUGGUUCCAAAAUCAAAACCAGUAGCUCCUUUUAUCACGCGCACGGCGAGAAAAUAAAUUAGUGGCUACUCUCCAUGAUCUUUGAAACCAUGAAACCCCGCAGGUCGUAAUCGGACCCGGCAUUCUAAAUUUCUACGUGUUACAGGCUGCGACAGAAACAUGGCAGGGCCUUGCCAUUCAGCGGAGUUCGAAAAGGCAAUCACUGUCACGCCGAUCGACUCACACACAUACUCGGCUUAUCUGGACCCCCAGUGGUGCAUCUUGAGCGGCAAGUUCAAGCCCCCGAGGCAUAUUGAUGUGCCUCAUGGAGGUUAUACUACAAGUGUGCUCUACCGACUAGCCACGGUGUACUUUAGAGAGACCAAGUGUAAUCAGUUCCAAAGCACACCAGAACCCAUCGGAAUGCAGUUGUCGUUCCUCCGACGAACAGUCGUGGGGCCCGCAAUCUUAAGAGUACAGGAUAUCAAGAUAGGAGCACGGAUAAGUACGAUCCAUGUCACACUGUCUCAGCGACCGGACAGGCCUGGCACAGCGGGUGACAAGAAUGACCUCGAAGUGAAAGUCGUCGGAUAUAUCACCGUCAGCCCCCCGGACAUGGAGGAGGGCCCGAUCUGCAAAGGCACCUGGGGGCUCUCCCCACCUCCGGUAUCCGGCUCCCUAGCAAAUGGCUCGGUCAAUCUAGAAGCGUUGGCAGCGAACGGAACGGAUGGCGCGUGGAUGCGGUUACCUCGUCCACCUCCUGUCGUGACCGCACCACAACAUCUAGAGAUCUACGCACCACGCCCCCAAGGGCCGAUGACGCUCGAGCGUCGGCAGAAGCAAGUUGUCGAUCAAUGGGCAAGAUUCAUUCCCGGUGGAAAAACAGUAGCGCGCUGGUCGAACGAAGCGGUUAUGUUCCUGGCGGAUAUGUUUCCUGCGGCGCUUGACAGGAUGGGUGCAAUGGAAACAAGCCGGCUACUUGCCAUGGAGGGGGUCCAGGAAGGCGACCUCCAAGGAAACGCUCAUGACAAAGGGGCGUUUUGGUACCCCACGGUGACAUUGAACAUUGAUCUGAAAACCAGGAUUCCUCCCGAAGGCGUGGAAUGGCUACAAUCGCGCGUGGUUACCAGAAUGCUUCGUGGUAGCCGCGCUGACUUGGAUGUUGUCAUUCUCGAUCCGCAAGGCGAGCUGAUAGCUCUUAGCACGCAAGUGGCACUUGUGGUGAAUGCCUCUCGGAACACAAAAGGAAGGGCUAAUUCCGAGAACUUAUAG